UUCCCAGCUGCUGAACAGGGGCACGUCCAUUGCUUACAGUGGUUACUUGAAAGGGGAGCUGACUGUUACAUUACAGAUGAUGCUGGAGAGACUCCAAAGGAUGUGGCCAAGAGAUUUGCCCAGCUGGCAGCUGUAGAACUUUUGACACGAAGAACUGGAGACAGUAACUCCAGUGAUGAAGAGCUAGAUGCAAACAAUGCAAAAUUUUUUGAAAGACAUGGUGUGGAAGGGAGUACGGAUAGCAAAGAAGAUUUAAUCCUGAGCAAAGCAGAGAAAAGGAACGCACGCAUAAGGGCCUAUCGCAAGAUUCAAGAACUUCAGCAUCUUCUAGAAAUUGCCUACGGCAACUACAGACAACUGGGAGGAAUAACGGAGGAGGAGAAGAAGAUGAAAAAAGAACAAAGGGAUGUUGAGAAGGCUGUGAAGGAGCUGGAGGCUCAGCUGGAAUUCGAGCGAGUCAGGCGGGAGAAGCUGGAGAGCCAGCUGGAUGACUACCGUGCUGAGAUAAGCCACCUGAGAGAGAGACUGGAGGAAACCUGCAAGCCACCUGCAGCCCUGAAAACUGAAACUAUCUCCAAUCCUCACAAA